GUGUCUUUACGUGUUUACGUAUGCGGAAGCAACGGUCCGAGAACGGGACAUUCAGUAAAAGGGCUCCGUAGGCUGGACUGAACACAGCACCAGCUGUAAAACCUGUUUUUACCGCCAACAGCACGACGGGAUGGCGGUGGAUGACAGAGAGGACCAGAGAAAUAAACACAUAAUAAUGAACAAUUCUGAAAAAGAAGGGCGUAUGACUAUAGACGAGUUGCAGGAACCGGGUGAGCUCCAAAUGGCCCCUUCUGUGAAACACAACCAGCAUGACAGCGGCACCGGUGACGAGCUGGUGAGCUCGGUGACGCUGUACAGGCGACGGCCCCGACUGCUCCACGGAACUGUCCUACCGUUCCUGGCUGUUCUAUACCCAGGCUGGCUGUAUGUGUGGUUAGGAGUGUACGGUGCCUCGGAGUAUCCGGAGGCAGGCCUCCUGGCGCUAGCUGCUAUCGGGAUCGCGCACGUCCUCACAGCACUAUCUGGCUAUUGGUCCGUGCACGCGCACUGCUGGCUCACUUGUUCAAAGGAACCAGACCCAAACAAGGCUAUGUUGGCAAAGAUCAUACCCACCCCAAACAAUGGUUUCGCUGAGCUCGUGGCACUACAGAGAGACAAGGAUGAGAGUGGGGAGGAAAUUCUAUCUUUUGAGUUCCAAAAGAUCCGUUACAUAUUUGACCACAAAGAGAAGAAACAUUUUUUUCCAAUAGCGUUCCCCAUUAACCACCCGAUGGGCCACUUUCAAUCUUGGCGUGGGUACCAGGAGGAGGGUGAACUCAGAGCUGCUGAAAAGCGCUAUGGCACCAACCGUGCUGAGAUGGUUGUGCCAGAUUUCUUGGAGCUCUUCAGAGAGCGGGCCACAGCCCCCUUUUUUGUUUUUCAGGUGUUCUGUGUGGGGCUGUGGUGUCUGGAUGAGUAUUGGUACUACAGUGUUUUCACACUUUUCAUGCUGGUGGCAUUUGAGGCCUCCCUGGUCCAACAGCAAAUGAGGAACAUGUCUGAGAUCCGCCGAAUGGGAAACAAGCCUUACAUGAUUCAGGUAUAUCGCAACAGGAAGUGGAGACCAAUUUCAAGUGAUGAGCUUGUUCCUGGUGACAUCGUCUCAAUAGGGCGUUCUCCCCAGGACAACCUCGUACCCUGUGAUGUUCUGCUACUCAGGGGUCGUUGUAUUGUGGAUGAAGCUAUGCUCACUGGAGAGUCUGUGCCCCAGAUGAAGGAGCCAGUGGAGGUGGACCCAGAGCGAAUAUGGACCUUCAGACAGACUCUAGACUCACAUCAUCUCUGGUGAACAAAAGUGGUCCAACAUAGCCCCCCUUUAAAGGCCAGUGCUGGACUCAAACCUGUAGACAACGGCUGUGUGGCCUAUGUACUGAGAACAGGAUUCUACACCUCUCAGGGAAAGCUGUUACGGACCAUCCUCUUUGGUGUGAAGAGAGUGACUGCAAAUAACCUGGAGACUUUCAUCUUCACCUUCCUCCUUGUAUUUGCGAUUGCUGCUGCUGCUUAUGUGUGGGUUGAAGGAACCAAAGAUGCCAGCAGGAACCGCUAUAAGCUUUUUCUAGAGUGCACAUUAAUCCUCACCUCAGUUGUUCCACCAGCUCCCAUAGAGCUUUCUCUUGCGGUCAACACAUCUCUUAUCGCUCUGGCUAAACUUAAUGUAUUUUGCACAGAGCCCUUCAGGAUACCAUUUGCAGGCAAAGUUGAAGUUUGCUGUUUUGACAAGACAGGAACACUGACCAGUGACAGUCUGGUGGUACGAGGAGUAGCAGGCCUCAGAGAAGGAAAGGAGGUGAUGCCUGUGUCUGAGAUCCCAGUUGAGACGCAUCGAGUGGUAGCCACUUGUCACUCACUGGUAACUCUGGAUGAUGGACAGCUUGUUGGAGAUCCACUGGAGAAGGCCAUGCUCACUGCCGCUGAUUGGAUCCUCACUAAAGAUGAAAAGGUGUUCGCACGAGGCAUCAAAACCCAGGCUAAGAUCCACCAGCGCUUUCACUUUGCUAGUGCUCUGAAGAGGAUGUCUGUUCUGGCUUCUUAUGAGAAACUCGGUUCCACUGACCUCUGCUAUAUCUCAACUGUAAAGGGGGCUCCAGAGACACUCAGAGGAAUGUUUUCAGAAUAUCCAGCAAGUUAUGAUGAAGUCCACAAAGAAAUGUCACGGGAAGGGGCAAGAGUGCUGGCUUUGGGUUACAAAGAGAUUGGACACCUCGGUCAUCAGCAGGUCCGGGAGAUGAGUCGAGAUGCACUGGAGUGCAACUUGCAUUUUGCCGGGUUCAUUGUUGUGUCCUGUCCCCUCAAAAGUGACAGCAAGGCAGUCAUCCGAGAAAUCCAGGAAGCAUCUCAUCAUGUGGUGAUGAUCACCGGUGACAACCCUCUUACAGCAUGCCAUGUAGCGAGAGAGCUCCACUUCAUGCAGAAAGAACACACACUUAUAUUGCAGCCUAGCCCCAAUCCAGGUCAAUGGCAAUGGGAGUCCAUUGAUGGCAGUGUUCACGUACCAUUGCCUCCUCCAAGUGUUGCCUCAUUUGUGCAUCAGUUUGACUUGUGUGUAACAGGGGAGGGUCUGUCAAGACUAAGCUGUGAUUCCCGGCUUCUCAGCGACCUUUUACCUCACAUAAAAGUGUUUGCCCGUGUCAGUCCCAAACAGAAGGAAUCCGUCAUCACAAGUCUUAAAGGGCUAGGUUAUGUGACAUUGAUGUGUGGUGAUGGUACGAAUGAUGUUGGAGCUCUUAAACAUGCCCAUAUAGGCGUUGCUUUAUUAGCCAGCCCUGAGCGUAUGCCUGAAAAGAAGAAACGAGGGAGAGAAAAGGAGAUAACCAUACCAGCCAGACCCUUACCACCUGUCAAUUCAGGGGGUAAAAUGAGUUCAAGAGCAGCCAGGCAGAGAGUUAUGGCCCAGAGAGAGGAGCAGCUUGCAGCACAAAAGGAGAGGAUCAGUCAAGUACUACGGGAACUUGAAGAGGAUCAGGUACAAGUAGUCAAACUUGGUGAUGCCUCCAUUGCUGCCCCCUUCACCUCCAAACUCUCCUCUAUACAGUGCAUCUGCCAUGUAAUAAAGCAAGGCCGUUGCACUCUGGUGACAACGCUUCAGAUGUAGAUCUUGGCUCUCAAUGCCCUGGUGUUGGCCUACAGCCAGUCUGUACUCUACCUCGAGGGGGUCAAGUUUAGUGAUUUCCAGGCAACCUUGCAAGGCCUACUCUUGGCUGGAUGCUUCCUUUUCAUCUCUAGAUCAAAGCCACUGAAGACUUUGUCUCGAGAGCGGCCCCUACCUAACAUCUUCAAUCUGUAUACGGUUUUGACCGUGCUGCUGCAGUUUGCUGUUCACUUCUGUAGUCUGGUGUACCUUUACAAAGAAGCACAAAGCAGAAGUCCCGCCCAGGUAAAUUCCAAAAUGUUUGCAGAUCUAUAUAAAGAGUUCGAACCCAGUCUAAUCAACAGCACGGUCUACAUAAUGUCCAUGGCCAUGCAGAUGGCCACCUUUGCCAUUAACUAUAAGGGUCAUCCCUUUAUGGAGUCUCUCAGCGAAAACCGACCACUACUAUGGAGCAUUGCUUUGUCAGGUUUAGCGAUUGUGGGACUUCUUACUGGUUCCUCACCAGAAUUCAAUGAACAGUUUUCUCUUGUAGAUAUUCCAACAGAGUUCAAACUAAUCAUAGCCCAGGUGUUGGUGGUGGACUUUGUUGCUGCUCUGCUGGUGGACCGUAUUCUGCAGUUCCUGUUGGGAAAGGGAACUCUUAGGCUGCCUUCUUGAACUCAGUGCCAAUAACAACCAUCGCCCUUACCAACCAAACUGUAAAGGGAGAGAAGACUUUAGAGGAGGAAGAGGAUUAAAGCUGUUGUGGCAUACACAAGACAGCUGAGACAGACAUGGCGUGCAGUACUGUACACUCUGUGUAUCCCUUCCUUUCUCCUUCUGUAACCCCCUUAACAAUCUGCGAUUCUACUCUGUUUUUUCAUUUAUCUGUUUCUUCUUUAUAACUCUUGAUUAUUUUCUACAAUUCCCUCUUUCUUUCAACUGUUAUCUGUCUCUCCCGCUGAUACACAGCUAUGAAGACAACAGUAUUGAGUGGAGUGGGAGACUGUGUGCCAGCUAGUGCGAAACCUGCACACAAAGGGGGCAUUCUCUAAGAGAAUUGCAAAAGUGUUUCGAUGUUUUGGAUUCUUCACCUUGAUUUUGUAAAAAGUGAAAAACAUCUCCAACAGACUUAUAAAGACUUACAGAUACAACUUGUGAA